AUGACAUCCAAAAGUUAUGAGCAAAAGUCACGUAUGCGUCCAUAUGUACGAAAGUUCAAUCUCCUUGAAAAUAAUAGACAAACCAAAAAGAAACCUCCAAAGUUUUGUCCUGAUUGUAAGGAGACUUGUAAUUGCGUUAAAUUAUUUUCUGGCAAAAUCCAUAGAAUUGAAGAAGUUGUUGAUAACAUUUAUAACGGAUUUCCAAAAAAGAAGGCAGAAAAGUAUUCGAUAUUUAACGCAAAGUUUUCAAUUAACGAUGUUCCUUUCGAAUUGGAAUAUGAUUUGACCAAUUUCACUUUGGAAGAAUUACAAAAAUUAGCAAAUUGGACGAUUCAAGAUUUUAAUAAUAACAACAUCGACCAUAAUAAUCACCUUCCAACGUCUUCUUUAGAUAAGAAGAAUAAUGAGAAAUAA